GUUGGAUCCAGUCGUUCCCCUCGCCGGCACCAGCGGACGGAGGCAGGGAUUUCUAUGCAGAGGCAGCCGCGGUCCUGGCGCGAGCUCUUCGUGCGCCAUCUGCUUGGCGAGCGCGGGCGCGCAAGGAGCCGCAGCUCCCCCUGCAGGAGCCAAGGGCGGCUCCUCCGGGAGCAAGGGAAUAAAAAAAAUGAAGAGUCACUUCCACAAAAGCUUCUAAGAGAGAGUAUCAGUCUUCAGCGGCAUAGUUGCAGUGCUGGCUUUUCAGUGACUUGGAAAUGAGAUUGCUUCGUUCCUCUUUUCUACUGGCUAAACAGCGUUAGUGUUGGGAUAUAUUUGCUUCGAGCCAACAGGUGAAACUUAAAUCCUGAUAGCUGCUGGCCAAAUACAAACCAGUGUGAUGUUGAAAUGAGAUGAGGCUCCGAAAUGGAACUGUGGCCACCGCGUUAAUUUUUGUCACCUCUUUCCUCAGUUUGUCUUGGUACACGGCAUGGCAGAAUGGGAAAGAAAAGCUAAUUGCUUAUCAAAGGGAAUUUCAUGCUUUGAAGGAACGUCUUCGCAUAGCUGAGCACAGAACCUUGCAGCGCUCCUCUGAAUUAAAUGCCAUUUUGGAGCAGUUCAGACGUGCAGUGGCAGAAACAAAUGGAAGUAAAGAUGCAUUGAGCAGUGUUUCAGAUGAAACAUUAAAAUUGUUGAAGGAGCUAACAAGCAGAAAAUCUCUUCAAGUGCCAAAUAUAUAUUACCACUUGCCUCAUUUGCUGAAAAAUGAAGGAAGCCUUCGGCCAUCUGUACAGAUUGGCCUUGGACGAACAGGAGUUUCUAUAGUAAUGGGAAUUCCUACCGUAAAGAGAAAAGUAAGAUCUUACCUUACUGAAACUCUUCACUCCCUGAUUGAUAAGUUGUCUCCAGAAGAGAAACUAGACUGUGUUAUGGUCGUCUUCAUAGGAGAGACAGAUCUUGAGUAUGUAAACGGUGUUGUUGCAAGCCUAGAAAAGGAAUUUUCUGCUGAAAUAAGUUCUGGCUUGGUGGAAGUAAUAGCCCCACCUGCAUCAUACUAUCCGGAUCUGACAAACUUAAAAGAGACAUUUGGGGACUCGAAAGAGAGAGUCAGAUGGCGAACAAAGCAAAAUCUGGAUUAUUGUUUUCUUAUGAUGUAUGCACAGAAAAAAGGAGUUUACUACAUUCAGCUUGAGGAUGACAUCGUUGUCAAGCAGAAUUACUUCAGCACAAUAAAAAAUUUUGCGCUUCAGUUGUCUUCUGAAGACUGGAUGAUUCUAGAGUUUUCUCAGCUGGGAUUCAUUGGUAAAAUGUUCCAGUCUCCAGAUAUUACUCUCAUUGUAGAAUUCAUAUUUAUGUUUUAUAAGGAGAAACCUAUUGACUGGCUUUUGGAUCACAUUCUUUGGGUAAAAGUUUGUAACCCUGAGAAAGAUGCUAAACAUUGUGAUCGGCAAAAAUCAAACCUAAGAAUACGCUUCAGGCCUUCUCUUUUCCAGCAUGUUGGCCUGCAUUCCUCCCUAGCAGGAAAAAUUCAAAAGCUCACAGAUAAAGACUUCUUGAAACCAUUACUGCAUAAAAUUCAUGUGAAUCCACCUGCAGAGGUGUCAACGACUUUAAAGGUCUAUCAGGGGCAUGCACUUGAAAAGGCCUACAUGGGUGAAGAUUUCUUCUGGGCUGUUACACCCAUUGCUGGGGACUACAUCCUGUUUAAAUUUGACAAACCUGUCAAUAUAGAAAGAUACCUGUUCCAUAGUGGUAACCCAGAACAUCCAGGAGAUAUAUUAGUUAACACAACAGUAGAAGUUUUGCCUUUCAAGAGUGAAGACUUGGUAUUAAGCAAAGAAACCAAAGAGAAACGAUUAGAUGAUGGAUAUAUCAGAAUAGGCAAAUUUGAAAAUGGUAUAGCAGAAGGAACAGUUGAUCCCAAUUUAAAUCCUAUUGCAGCCGUCCGACUUCUGGUAAUACAGAAUUCUUCUGUCUGGGCAAUUCUAAAUGAGGUUCACAUUAAAAAGCUCCCCAAUUGAUGAGUCAAGAGGAAGGAAGAAAAAGAAAGAUUGCUCUUUUUGUAAACUUUUCUAUGAAAUCUUCAAAUCACAGAGUGACCACGCACCUUAUUUCCAACUCUUCUUUCUCACUGAAACUCUACCUCCUGUGAAGUCUACUGUAGAUGGGAAGAAGACUGACCCAAUAAGAGUUAAUUAGAGUCUUAAAACUGAUACUCUUCUGAUGGUGUUUAUCUAGAUUCACAACUUCCUCCAUUUGAACAGGGCUUUGCUGCAUAAGGAUCAUAGUAAUUUCUUUAACCUAUCAAUGGCGAUAGGAUAUGCUACGUAAAAGUUGUACAUAUUGUUACAUUCCUUGAAGAUGAAAAACUAUAGUUGUUAAUAUACAUUUUGUGAAGGGGGUACUUUUUGGAGGUUCAUUUAUUUUGCUAAUGCAAACCCUCUUUUAUAGAUUAUCAGGGAUAUAUAUUCAAAAGCAUUAGGGAAUAUUUAAUUUAUUAAAAUGAUUUGAAAAGUACAUAUUUUUAUGCAGGAAAUAACUUGAUGCAUUUUAUUUUAAAUGAAUCACCUUACUUCUUUUGAGUUAACUGUACAUUUUGCUUUGAUAAAUAAAGCAAUCGUAUUUUGUAAUAUACUGCCAUGGGUAGGAAAGCUAAACUGAGUUUGCAAAUGAAGCACUUUUUGUACCAUUCCAUGGGCCAAAUCUACUGGGGAGCUUCUCUUGCAUGAGCCCUGUUGAAAUUAAAGGGGCUUGUGCUGGAGAAUUGCCUCAUGGGUUAUGUCGAGUCUUGGUAGUGUUGUUCAAAAGCAAAACCAUGACAUGCUAUGAUUUUGAAGGAUAUCUCCCAUAAUAUUCACAAUCCACAACAUGUAAUCCUAGAAAGCAUGUUGAGGAGAUUUUGUACUUAGUAGGGGGUGUGACAUCUGUAGUGACUUGAGGUAUGAUUCAUCUCCCCUUAAAGGGAAAUUUUGAUAACAGGCUAUUACUUUUUAACCUUUGUAGUCUUCAGAACACACCCAAGUUAUUCCUUAGAAUAGCAUUCUGAUGUGUCUCCAUUUUUUUUACAAAUUGUUUUUGCAUCUCCUUUUAUAUGAACUCUGUUCAGUAUUUUGGAAUGACUCUGAUUACCAUUUUAUUAGGAUUAAUAAUAGAGAUACACAAUAACCUCAGCUGAGCUUUUAAAAUAUGACUUUGUCGGAGUAUUCAAUUCAUUGUUGUUGUGACUUUGUUUUUCCUUAAGAGGGCCCAGCUCCCCCUAAAAGCAUUGCACUCCAGCUGACUGAAGUGAGAACCAAACUCUUUGUUGUCUUUUGUACUUCAUGGAUGAAAAUGGAGAGGUGCUUGCCUGGUCAGUAACCUUGAAGAGAGACCCCGUUCAAGCACUUGGUGCUCUGCAGCACAGUAAACAUGCAAUAGUAUAUUAUCGUAAAAACAAAACAAAUAUUUUUUCCUUAUUUAUACCCUAGCCAAGAUACGAGAAGCUGAGCUUUUACCUCAAGUGCACAUUUGUGACUCAUGCAAGUAAAUGAAAGUUUACUUAAAUGGUAUAGCUUGUGUCAUGAGCUAAUUCUUAGAUACUUCUGUGUCUCGGAUGUAAGCUUUUGCCAAAAACUGUUGUCUUGCCUUCUUUCAAGAAUGAGAUGUAUCAAUGCAACUGGGUUGUCUGCUUGCUGUGCUUUAUUUUUUCAGUCUCUUGUGAGCCUGUUUGUUUUUUCCUCUAAAAAAAAAUCACCCCAUAUGAUAAGACAUUUUAAUCAAGUUGCAAGAAUGUUUCCAUGAAAUAACGUGACUCUUUCUGCAUUUUUGUUAGGUUUGUUCUAGAUUUAUGGAAUUGUUUUGCUGAAGUUCUGUAGUUCCUCCCUAUUUGGCUGGGGGCAUACACGUGUUUGCAAGCUGGUAUAGCCUAGUGGCUAAGAUGCUGAGCUUUGAACUAAGAAGUCCUGGGUUCAAACAUCUCUUCUGCCAUGAGAUAAGCCUUGGGCAAGCCAGCAUAUCUUCUCUUAGUCCUCCAUCUGCAACACAGGAGUGAUACUGACCUACUUUACAGGGUUGUUGUAAUGAUUACUGAGAUAAUAUAUGUGAAGUGCUUUGAAUAUUCAAACUUAGGUAUUACAACUUUUCAUCAAAUGUGCCAGUUUAGUGUAUACUGAACAGCAGAUGAAGGCAUUAUUAUAGAUUUAGGAAUGUUCAGGAAUAACUGACUUGAACACCAUGACAUCCAAAUGGAAGCAGCUGGGCAAACUGGAGUUUGUUUCCUCCCCACAAAUAGGAAUUCUAGACCAAGAUUAAACCAACUCCAAUUUGCCCAGCCAUUUGCAUCUGAGCAUUACAGUGAAUAGGAGCUAAGCUGGAAGCCUUCAUUUGCUCUCUGUAUGCAAGGAAAAGGGAGUGAAGCAUGUGAGUUACAGCAACAAGCUGUUUUGUGCCAGUAACAGACAGAUCUUCAUGAUGAGGUCUGAAGACCUGGAGAGAAGAAAUUGGUUGGUUCUUAAAAAGUUUUUCCCAGCUGCUUUAGUUGUAUGACUUCAGGUUGUUGUGUUAUGUAUGUGUUUUGCUCUGAACAAAGUUUACAGUUACACAAAAUAGCCCAGGCAGUAGAGCAAAUCACUAGGUCCUAAUAGUGGGUUAGGACAGCUUGAAACCAUGCAUAACUUCUCAACUCCUAAUUCUUGUAGGGGCUGUGGAAACUUUUGAACAUUUUGGUGCUGUGAGUUAUAAGUUGAUCUGAUUUUCUGCUACAAUUGUUUAGCCUUGAACUGACACUUCUCUUGCCAGAUCUGAGAGACCUGAUGGAUCAGUCCCCUUUUUGAAUACAUGCCCUUUUGCCCCUUGGUUUGCUUGCCAAAUGAUCAAAUGGAGAUAAUGUUGCUUCCUUUUUAAUCUCCCAAAUCUUAUGCUGUACUGGCAAAAUUACAGCCCAAAAAACAAAAAUCACCUUCAGAGUUUGUACUCCAUUUGACAAAGUUCAUAAAAAGAAGCCCCUUUGGAUUGCAUUCUUGGACAUAAGGAAUAUGUAAAGCAAUGAGUUGCAGUUAUCAGUUGUCUAAAUUCUAGAUUUAGAAAGGAGUAUGGGGUUAUGCUUAUAUCAGGCACCAACUCUUACUGGCAAAGUUGGUAAGAUGUCUGGAGGGAUCAAUCAAUAGAACAGGAUGAAAAUUAAAUCUCAUGCUAAACUUCCAUUUUUCUUGGGGGGGACAACGACCAGUGUCUAUCAUGGUGUACCUUUCAUAGGUUAAUCCUCUACCUUAGUAUUAGUUGUCUUCAUUGAGAAUAAUUGGUUUGGCUGCAUUCUGAAUGUAUUUUUGUUAAUUAUUUACAGGUGUACUAAAGAACUGUUUUUAAGGAUUUAUGAUGAAGGUAAUUUUUCAGAUUGACUUCUUCUGCUAUUAUAGCUCAGGAAAGGCAAAGCUUUAGCUUAUGAAAAGGUGGGACUCCUAGGAGUUUUGUUGUAUGUAAUUAAAUAUGCUUAAAGCAUAGUUUGGUUGAAUGGAAUAAAUUUCCUCAAAUGAAGCAAUUUUAAUCAGCGAUUACGUAUAGGGUUUUUUCACAAGUUAGGCAUGCAGGAUGUGACCGCAUGUGUAUGUGCAUUUGACUGUAGUCCUUGGCUUACAGGAAAGUUUGAUCCUGCCUACUUGCAAAGCCUGAAUAUGUUGUAUAAAACUUACAACUCUCUCUUGUUUCCCCCUUCUGGACUAUGGUGAUUUGGCAAAAUUCCAGUGCAUUAAGGAAUACCUACACAGCAUAAAUGUUUUGAGUGGUUGACACUUUAAUGGCUGGGCAGUUUAAUUUCAGGAUCGGAUCGUGACACUGGUUGUCACUUUAGUUUAUUUAAAAUCCAAGAAUCGUGAACUCUUUUUGAAGGGAUGAACGUAGCUUUUUGCUAAUAAAUUCAGUGGUAGCUGGAUAAUCUUUGGUGCUAAAGUUACAAGUUAGAAGGAGAGUCUUCUGUACUCCCCUCCCAGCAAGGGUUAAUCAAUGGACUGCUUGUAAACUAGGCAGGCGUAAAAAGCCAAGGUGCAAUGUGUCUCACAUUCAGUCACCCCCUUUCUCUGAAAGGUCAAUUUGUGCUUUACUUGAACUAUGGAGUAUGGCUAUUUGCUAAGGUUUCAAUAUGCUAUUCUGAAUGUUUUUAAGCCUUAACAGAGGCCAACAGAGUAAGAUGAUUGCCAGCAGGUUUGAUAGCUUCUGCUUACAGAUUUUUCUUAGGAAAGAUUAAAUUUAGUAACGGGGUUAUUACAAUAAUCAUCUGUGACGCUCUUCCUUUUUCAUUCUGUCUGCUUCAUGACUGCCCGCUCUGUUCUUGUGGAAUCUACAAGUUUGGUCCUACAAUCAUCCUUUCCUAGGACACCCCAGAUUAACCAUUUCUAGAUUUACUUGCUAUAAUCCUUUUUUUAAAAAAGCGCUAGAAAUUUUUGUUAAAUCUUUGCUGCUAUAUUUGAAAACCUAAUUGGGUCAUCUUAACUGUGCCUUUCAUCAAUGUUCUAUGUGCCACAGCUGCCCAUGUAAUAUUUGAAAUAAACAUUUUAAAAAAUUG